AGUAAUUGGUAGUGGACUUGACUGAUGUCAUCGUUAUUUCCUAAUAGUUUGUACUGUGGUAAAUGUUUAUUUAAUUAUAAAGUGCAGACAUUGGCAUAAGAUUCCAAUCUAUCUGUAUUCCUAAUUAGUGAUUUCUCUCCAAGUGCGCAGUUGUUCAAGGACAUGCGGUAUAAGAUUCGUCAAUGAACACUCUGUUUAAGAUAUAGUGAGAAAGUUUUAGCAGUACCAUGUCAGGUACGGAGCAAAAUAUAGUGAACUCAAUGCAACAAUUGUCUGUUCAGCCAAGUCAUAGUGGUCAUACUGAGAAACCCACGCAGGUGGUCACUCCCGCAGUGAACAGAAGUCAGCUGUCUUCAACGCCGAAGGUUACGCCCGUAAAAGCGAACAUAGUGUCCCCAGCUAUUGCUACAAUCGACAGACUCCUGAGCCUGGGAGGAAACACUCCCCCACCCCCGCCAGUCCUCACCCGCACGUCAGACAUGGACCCCCACACGGUGGAACAGCUGCGGGCCGUCAAGGAACUGCUCACUGCUCAAGAGGAAGAAGCGCAGAACCUCAGAGAUCUCAAUCGGGAAUUAAGAGAUCGUCUCGAGGAGUGUGAGACUAAAGUCAAAAAGCUCUCAGAACAAAAUGAGGAAUAUGCUGAAAAAGAAAAGGCUCUCUCGCAGCGCGUUGCAGAAAAAGUUAAAAAUAAUAAACAGAUGAGUGUAGUCAUGGAGGAAUAUGAAAGAACCAUCUCAUCCCUUAUAGGGGAACGUGAAGCUGAAGCCAAGAGAUGGGGAGAAGAACGAGUUACACUAGUCCGGGAAAGAGACGAAGCUGCAUCACAUCUGGCGUCCAUGGAACAUGCCUUCAAUGAUGUUCACACAAAGUAUGAAAGAUGUAAAGUCAUCAUACAAGGCUACAAAGGCAAUGAAGAGUCCCUAAAAAGGUCCGUAGAGGAGAACAAUGAUGCGAUACAGAAAUUAGAAGCGAGGUAUGAGACUUUGCGUCAACAUGCCAUGCAGCAGUUAAACAAGGCUAAUGCUGAACUUGACUCAGUCAAAAAGACACACCAGGCUGAGAUAUUGAAGCUGAAUGCCAUGUUGAAGAAGAGUGAAGUACACGCAUCGUCCCUGCAGGAGUCCCUCGCGCAGAAGAUCAAAGACAAUGAGGAGUUGACGGCCAUCUGUGAUGAACUCAUCAACAAGGUCGGGUAAACACUUAAUCUAAAUACUUACUAAUCUUAAGUAAGCCACAUUUUCAUUUCACUAACCUGCAUUUAAUAUUUGUGCAUUUUAAACAAAUGCUUAAUGAAAUUAAUUGUAAUAAUUAAGUAAAUGCUUAACUAUAACUUUAAUGUGCGCCAGUGCUGUUACCAUUUCUUCAUUGUGUGUAAAUUGUAAAUAAUUCUCUGCAAUUAAUUGAAGUAAUGUCCCUUUAUAUUUUUGUACAUUUUUUUAUAAUUUUAUACUUAAGUUUUACUUUUUUUUGACAUUGAAUAUAAAUUUCAUAAAUUCAUUUAAUUUUCGAAGCUUACUUUAUAAUUUUGUAAUUCAGUAUUGUGUUUGUAUUUUCUGUAAUUUAUUAACAUAAGUAAUAAUGAAACUGGUAAUCUGAUGAGACUUAUUAUUUUAUUUUCUGGUUAUUUUGAUAUAACUUCAGUUGUAAAAUAGUUUAUCCAAAGAUAAAGAAAAAGUGGUAAAGGUUUGGUAAAAAAAAAAGAUUGAUUAUUUUGUAGUAACAUAACAUUUAUACCUGCCAUAUUUUAUUUGAAUGUUAGUAUUAUCUUAUCUUAUAUAAUGAAGUAUACAUUAUUGUAUCCAUAAUAAUGUGGGGAGUUAAAUUGAACAUCGAAAGACUAACUCAAUUAGCUAUAUCAAGCCAGCAAUCAGCUCUGAAAGGCAGAUAGUUGCUUGUCUAGUCUAUUAAUAGAAAAUAUAAUAGAUUCAAGCUAUAGGUACAUAGCUUACAAUUUUUUAUGCCUCUUUUUGCAUCAGUAAUAAGAGAACUUGAUUGAAGACUCUUAUGUAAUUUGUGCUUAUUUGUGAAUUAUAAAACGACCCAAAUAUAGCCGAAAAACUCCCAACUAUAUUCCAAAAUUAUUCAAAUAUCUUCAUUCAGUAGGGUUAAUAUGGUCGGCUCUCUAUCAUUUGUCACCAUGCCUGUCACGUUCUAACAAAUAUGUGAGUGCGACAGUCGUCACUUUGGCAUGGCAUGACAAGUGAUAAAAAUGCAGCCAUGAUACCGUCGCAAGACUCAUGUGAAUGUCAUAGUUAUAUGGCAAAAUUUGUUUAAUUAAUAGGAAAACUUCAACAAAUUAAAAAGAACACUGGUAUUUAAACUUAAUUACGAAUUGAGAUUGUGGAACUAUAGUUGUAGUACUGAAGGCCUACCGCGAACCACGUUUGACGUGAUGCCUCUCUGUCGCACUUGUAAAUUCGUACGUAAGUGUCACAAGGAGACAACACGCCGAACGUCGUUCGCGGUAGACCCUCUGGUCUAUAGUUGGGUAAUUUUACAGAAAUAAUUAAGAAUUUAUAAUGUAUGUACUUUUAUGGUAAAGUUAGUAGAAUGUGCAAUACUCCUACAAGGAUAACCAAUGAGGCAAUACGGAACUCAUUAUGAUUGUCAAAAGAUAACUAUGUAUAAUUAAAAAAUAGUUGAAUUAGGCCUAGUAGUAGGGUUUAUAACCCACUUCCUAUCUAGGUUUUAAUACUUGAUACACCAUGUACAUCAAUUUCAGCUAUUUAUGAAUAUUUCUUGUAUAGUUUACGCCAUAAGUUAUUUAUUUACAGGAAGCUGAUUAAAUGUACAUUGUGCCUUUGAAAUCUUCUCCACAUCCGGUCCAUUAAGAAAAAUACUAAUGAGAUUCAUAACAUGAUAAAUAGUGUGUAACUUGUAUAUUUAAUGUCUUUAGAAGCUCUUUGUUUACCCAAGAGUGGGGUAAGAGCGGUUGCGUCGUUUUAUCUCAUUUUGAUAUUGUCUGAGAAUAGGGACAUUAGUUCAUAUUGCAUUGUGUGCAGUGGCUAAUUAUAAUAUGAGAUAAAGCCAUUAUUAAUUGGUAUAUUUCCCAACUUAAUAUCGCUGCACAACAAUUACGUAGCGUACUGCGCGUGUAGUAAUGUAUGAAUUCAUAUUUAAGGAACGCCACACUGCAUCGCACGCACGAGCCACGCGAGCGGUGUGACGUCAUUCAUGAACAUCUAUACAUUACAACGCAAGUGCAGGUCCAGUCGUGCUCGGUGCUCACAAAUAUCUGAGCACAAUGCUAUUAUCAAGCGUUUGAGUUCAUGUUCAGAUAUUUCGGUCCAAGUCCUGUAUGCAAAUAUUGUUUUAUGGCAACUGUCCCUUUUCUCAAGAACAACACAAUUUGUAAAAAUAGUUAGUGGUUUUUGAAACCUAUUUAAGUCAAGUAUUUAAAGUUUGGGCUCAUAUGUAAGCCAAGAGCCCUAUAUCACACAUACUGUGAAAUACAUACAAAACUUCAAAACAAAAAUCGAAUGCUGUUUUAAACAACAGAUGUGAUAGUAUUAAAAUUUAACUCAUUACUAACUUAAAACAUGUUCGACAUUCCACAGUGUUUUAAGAUUGGAAUAACUAUAACUAAAACUCAUUAGUCGUACUCAUAUUCAUCCUCAUAUUUUACAAUCACUACGCCAUAUAAAACAAAGUCCCCCGCCGCGUAUGUCUGUUUGUGUUUGUAUACGAACUACUGAACGAAUUUUCAUGCGGUUUUCACCUAACAAUAGAGUGAUUCUUGAGGAAGCUUUAGGUUUUGGCACCCCCCCUCCCCCCUCCUUGGAUGGCGCCCGGGGCCCUCCCUAGUUACGCCACUGACUGCAAUCUAUGUGAAUUUAAUAGUUCUUAUGCAACUUGUGCAAUAAGAUUAUACUCUUUAGUAUUAAUUUACUAAGUACAUGCUCCAUAUGCCUGAUUUAUCCUAUUUCAAUGAAUACAAGUAAACAUUUGUAAAAUGGUUUAUCUCGUUUAGAACCUCUUUUUGUAACCGGUUAAAAACGUUGCCGAUGCUAUCCAACCACAAACAAGCAAAAUCUCCCCCUCUUUUAAUGUCGGUUAAAAACGUAGCCACGUCAGGGUGCAGGGUCGUAAAUCCGAAUGGAUCCCCGAAUUCGGCUCGGUUGUGACGCUAGGGUGGAACAAACGUCACCAACAUACAUACAUACAUUCAGUGUUGGCCGAACGUUAAUUGCAAUUAACCAUUAUAAUUUGAACCGUAAACCGUAACGGAUGGUUACAGUUCACGGUUCAAUUUAUAAUGGUUAAUGGCCAAUAAUGGUUAAUUGCAUUAACGUUCGGCCAAGACUGCAUACAUUUCGCUGGCCCAAUAUUACAGGGUUCUACGAGUAUGUUACAAUUUCAAGAUAGUUGAAAUUCGACUUAAUGUCACUAUGACAAUGUUCAAAUUUCAGUUCGAUAAAAGUGAAACAUAGAACCCUGUAAUAUUGGGGCAGCGAUUUAUAGACAGCCAAAAGCAACUAUUUCCAUAGAUGGGUAAAAGUAAACAUUUCCUUGAAUGUCAUACCCAUACCCACUUAUAAAUUGUAACCCUUUUCCUGCUUCAGCCAUUUCUCCAAAGUGGCGAGUUGUGGAUAACGUCAUUUUGCCUAGUUAAGUAUAAUUUUGUAAUCAUUAUAUAUUUUUAUAAUACCUAUGCGUAAUUUAUCAUAUUAGGUUACUUGCAAUUUAUUCAUAUGAAUAGAACGAAAUAAAUCAAUUCCAUAUUUGUAA